UGCCACGAAUUUUAUCAGUGCAUCUCUCAUAAGGUUGAUAAAAAGCAAAACAAUACACGAAACGUCGUCGGGCAGGCGAGCUACAAAAAUACAAAUAAAAUCAGACCGCCAAAAAUUGGCCAGUGUCGCGCUGGCGCCAUCAUCGAUCGCAUGAAUCAACACAAGUGCGCAAGUUUUAGAGGCUUAUUUUGCGGUAUUUGGACAUGUCCCGUUUCGCUACUGGGCUUCCUUCCUGUGAAUCAUGAGCUUGAGCAAAGAGAUGCCGAUGUCAGUCGGGUGUAAAGCACAUGGAACCAUAUGCGCCUCGAGCGCGGGCGCGUAUACCAGUGUAACGCGUUCUAUGUAAAUUAUUACGAUAACAGUAUUUUUUUACUAGUAGUUCAGUAGCGAAUAAUCGAAGUUUAAUUUAAAUAAAUACUUCAUAUAUUUUUAUUAGUGCCUAAGUGGGAUGUUUAACUCAGAACAUGGAGCUGUCGGUGUUCUUCUUGGUAUUAACCGUGUUAUGGAAAACCUCUUCGUGUGUACGAUGUUUCAAAUGUUUCCCUGAAAACACGUAUUAUGACGAGAGCAAUCUAUUAUGCAAACAAUUCGAUGGCAGCGACAAAUUUUUAGAGAAUUGUACGAAAUCUACGAUGUGUUUCAAAAAAGUGACCACAUUAAGCUUAGGGGAUGGAAUGACAUCAGUAAGCGUGCACAGAGGUUGCGCGUCACAAAGUUUGGGACAAGAGCAGGUAAAGGUCAACGGAAAGUGGCUCCGGCAAACCAUAAUCCACGACGACGUUUACGAAGAGAAAUGUAUAGAAGACCUAAAAGAUUUGGACAGACCCACAACAACACUAAACUGUUACUGCCGCGGAGACUAUUGCAACGGCUCUAUAGCUAAUUUUAUACACUUUAAAACGAUUUUAUUAACAUUUCUUUUUUAUGUAUACCAAUUUAGGUAGUUUCAUUGAAAAUAGUAAUUCCUUAUGGACGCAUUCAUUCUACCAUUAAAAAAGUUAAAUGGUUUUGAAAAAGAUUUUUGAUUGUCUAAUAUAUGGGCUGACAUUUGAGUAUAUAAUUAUUAUGACAUAUAUUUGUAAAUAUAGUCUUUUUUUACAAUGGAAUUGUAAAUUCGAAGCUCCAUUCCAAAUUUUAUAAUGCGAAGUACAAGACAUUGACUUAGUAAUGCAAUAGAGUACUUCCUAAUGGACACAUCGCAAACAUUGGCGCUUGUUCGGUAGUACAUUAUUCCUUUAAACUUUUCGGUCAAGAAUCUAAAUUAACAAGUCCAUAAGUAGAUUCAUCCUUUUCUGCUGAGUAUAUUGUGAAAAGGAUGACAGCAAUUAGCUUUGUCAGUUUAGUUUAGUUAAGCCUAAGCUAAGUCACAACCUGUAAAGAUCCAAUGCCUUUUAAAGGCUAUUAAAACCUUAUAAGCAAACAUUAAUGCUUUUAAGUUGAACAAAAAUCUCGAAACUCUUCGACAAAAAAUUUAAAUAGUAUCUAUAUGUAUAUAAGUAGAUCUUCUCAAACUUUUCUGCAGGGUACUAAAAGGGGGACGGAACUUAAUUAAGAACUGUUGAUUAAAUUACUUUAGAAAUUUUUGUACAACCAAAUAAAAUAAAGAGUCUUAAAACUUUUGAUGACUUAUACGACACCAAAUUUUUUCCUCUUUCAGUCCUGCGCCACGGCAAUCUGUUUCAAGGAAACAAUGAGCCGUUGGAACAACUAAUGAAACCAUUUUAGGUUCUUAGUCAUGAGGCCCUUUAAGCUCUAACACACUGAGACAUCAUGGCGAUGUCCUGGCUACGUAGCCAAAUGAGGUCGCCAAAUAAGUAGCAUAACAACACAACAAUAGCGACCACAAACACGCAGGCAUCGAUCCUAGCGAUCAGUUGGCCGCUGAGUAAGGGAGGCGUAACUUACUUGUUUAGAAAAUACUGGCGACUUGGUUACAUGUCAUCAGGUCGCCAAAGUAUCUAUUCUCCACGUAGGGGCUGAUCGGUCGUGGACGACGACGUCCGACGGUAGCCAAAUGAGUUAACUAUCAUAUAUUUCAAUACGAAUUGUUUGGAUAUAUAGCCGGCGACGUCACCAUGGCUUCCCAGUGUGUUAGUGCUUUUAUUCAAAUUGUAAACGUUAGUCAUGUGUCUGGUUAUUGUUCUUGCUACCAAAAUUUAAACAAAUGAACGUUAUAAAGAGUUAAUACAUUGCUAUUUUUAAUUAUGUAGUCUCGACCAGACAUUCUUUGUGAGCACGGAGCACUGUGUUUGUGGGUCUACAACUUGGGUCUACAUUAUUCAAAAAGUUACAAGGUUUUUAAACAGCUUUUAUAUGCCUAAUAUAUCAUGGGCUGACAUUUGAGUGUAUAAUUAUGAGAUAUCUUUGUAAAUAUAAAUGUUUUUUUACAAUGAAAUUGUAAAUUCGAAGCUUCAUUCCAAAUAAUGACACAGUACUUAUUAAUUAAUUUUAUUAUUGCUAGUCAUAAUUUAAAAAACUUGUGUUAAAAUUAAAAUACAUACCUCACUUGAAUAAUAAUAAAAGCACUGCCAUGUUUGUUAAACAAAAUCAUAAUUUUUAUGUAAGUAAAUAAUUUCAAACUACGCCCAUUAAUGAACAAAGUUCAUUAGAUUAAUUAAGUGAU